GUCCCUUCUCUUUGCUCCCCAUCCCUCUCCAUUCCGCUUUUCGCCUCACGCCCGCCCGCUGUCGACGUCCUCUUCCCGCGCACUGCUCCGUCUUCGCUCGAGCGCCGCCUCGACGCCUCCUCACGCACACACACACACGAACCCCUUCACUCCCCUCCGAUUCCCUCCCAUUCCCCUCCACUCGAUCACACUCCCCGUCCUCACGCCAGCCGCCAUGUUCGCAUCCGUACACACGCCCGGCCCCGCCACCGGCCGCGGCCGCAGCAUGUCGCCGGCGCGCCGCGCACGCGGCGCCAUGACCGAGGGCCGCGCCAAGCUCGGCGAGGGCAAGGUUGGCGAGGGCAAGCGCAUCUUCGAGUCGCUCGCCAAGCAGGGCGCCACGCCCGCCCGCGGGCGCCACGGCUUCCUCGGCGACAAGGACCGCACGAACCAGUCGCCCAUGCGCUCGCGCCAGCAGGGAGGCGACGAGGGGCAGGGCUCCAGCUCGGGCUCGGGUAAGGACGCGCUACUCUCGCCGUCGAAGCAGUCGCUGCAGCCCGCCGCCAGCCCCGCCAAGGCGGGCAAGGGCAAGGCGCGCUCCGUCUCGCCGCGCAAGGGAGCGCUGCAGCUGCAGACGCCGGCGCCCUCGCGUCUGGCCGACAUGAGCUACGCCACGCCGCGCUCCGUCGCCGCCGAGCCUGUGCCGCUGGCGUUUGCGCAGCGUGCUGCCGAGCUCAAGACGCCCGUGGCGCAGCUCGGCCGCGCCGGCGCCGCACGUUUCCGCAUGGGCGAACUCAUGGACCAGGCGGCGGCGGCCAGUGCCGGCGGGCGGGUGUACGAGGCGCCAGAGGAGGAGGUGCAGACGCACGUCGCCGAGUGGGACGAGUGGCCCGAGAUCGAGUACAUGGCGCCCAGCGACUGGGCCAAGAACACGCCCUACGACUUCCCGCCUGCGCUCGACAACCUGCCGCGCGGCGCCGAGCUGGGCCAGAUGCUGGCCGCCUUCCGGCCCAUGGGCGUGUACCGGCCGCGCAAGCUCUCGCUCGAGCUCGAGGCCGACAUGCUGGCGCAGGAACUCAAGACGCACAUCGAGCACGGCCUCGACGCUCUCGAGCCGCAGGAGGGCCUGCAGCGCACUGAUGAGGCCGAUGACGAAGGGCCGUGGCCCAACGUGCAAGUCGCACCUGCCGCCGCUGCUGUGCCAGCCGCAUCGCAGACGGCCAAGGCCCGCACGCCGUCGCAAGGCUCGACUGCCUCCGUGCGCAGUGCGUCGUCGACUGGCGCGCGCGCACCGCUCGCUCGCGGAGCCAUGGCACCACCGCCGCCUCCGUCGAUGACGGCGCGCGUGCGCUCCGGAGUUCCGCUCUCCUCGGGCUCCUCGCGCCCGCAGACCACUACUGCCCCUGGUCGAGCCGCCCCGACGCGCACUGCUGGCCCGCCAGCCGUUCGCGCGACGGCUGCCAAGAACAGUGAGCCGCUCAAGCGCGCCCUCAGCAGCAGCAGCAGCGCCGCUGCUCGCCCGGCCGUGCGCUCUGCGCUGGCGCCCGUGCGUCCUGCGCAGGCACGCGCUGCUGCGCCGGCAGCAGCUGCGACGGCGCCAGCAGCAUCGAAGAUGCAGCUGCACCCGGCACUGCUCGAGGUGCAGAGCGACGCGCUCGGCAUGUGGGUCGAGCAGCGCCUCGCCGACCAGCACGACGAACACGUAGCCGCAGCCGAGGGCUUCGCUCUGGAUGAUGACGAAGAAUUGCAGGCCUAGAGGACCUUCGCAAAGCAUCUCGUUCCCCUGUCCAUCACUUCCCUCAAGUCUCCGAGCACACACGUCCUUCACGCACCCUCCUUUGACGCACUCAUACGUUCGACCCGACCCGAUACGCACACCACAUCAGCACGCUAUCCCUGCACUUCCCGUCGCUCCUCGCCACAUGUACUACUAGCCCAUUCUCUAACGCACACACACCCUGAGUCCCUAAUACGAAGCAUAUUGAGCGGUGG